GAUAUAGGGGCCAUCACCUGCACCCCCGACGGGAACGAGUGUGGAGAGGUAACCAACAGUGAAUGCAACAAGGCAACAUUGCAGUGCUAUUGCCCGACCUCGUAUCCCAUACAUGACUACGAGAACCGCUACUGUGUAAGGGAGGCCAAACUCAACACAACAUGCCAGUUCACGAGUCAGUGCGAGGAGACCGAUCCCUACAGCUAUUGCGGGUCAACCAAGAUCUGUAUCUGCAGGGAAGGUUAUCUCAUGGACGACUACCCCAACGUGGGUCUUGGAUGCGUCGACGAUGGAUCGUCUCAGCCGAGUGUGGAUCCGGCAAUGAUGGGAGUGCUGGUGGGUCUGGCUCUCAUGUUCGUGAUUAUCUGCGUGGUACUGCGUCUCUUCUCCAAAGCCCGAUUCCGAGAGAACCGCUCCAUCUUCAACACCCCCAACCCCCGCCUGAUGAACGCCUCGCUGUUCAAAGACAUUGGUGUUGCAGGAAGGCGGGGGAGCGCGCUGUCCGCCGUCUCCGCCACGGGCUCGGUGGCGGGCGCGGGCGGGGCCAAGACGCCCAGCCCCACCAAGAAGGAGGCGGAGACCACUGUCGCCAUCGAGACCGUGGACUAAGAAGUCCCAGCAGAAGACGCCGCCGCCGCCGCCCGACGACGCCCUCCGAGCCGCACAGGCCCCGGGGGGAGGCGCCCGGACACACCACGCAGAAGGAUACGGCGGCGGCGGCAGGCGACGGGGGUGAGUGUCCCCCCCUCGAGGGCGCGGCGAGGGGCGAGCCGACUGGAUCCAGCCCAGGCAGGGCGCCGGGGGCCGUCGCCGCCCCGACCACCGCCGCCCCACGCCGAGCGAGGGCGUCCUUCCGGAGUUCGCCGUCGACCGCAGGUGCCGGGGCCGCGGGCUCUCUCUGGGCGCCCGGACACUUCUUCGCAAACUCUGAUGUAGGAUUCACAAUACAAAAUUGGAUAAAGCUCAACUGUAGGAGAUCGUGUGUGUUAGGGACCACGAGUUUAUCUGGAACUUUCUGAGAGAGAAAAAAAGGAAAAAUAAUAAUAAUAAUAAUAAUAAUCUUUAAUCUAUAAUCAGCUACAAUUGAGGAAUGUGUUUCUUCUUAGCAUUCUCUUAAAAAUAUCAAUAUACUUAUGCAAGCUUUUUAUCAUUUACUAAAAGCAUCAUAUAUAUAUAUAAAUCUAGAUAUAAUCAUAUAUACCUACAUAGCAUAAUAACGAUGUGAGCAGCUGAGAUCACGAAGAUGAUACAAGUUCUUAAGUUAGCAAGAACAAGCGAGAUAAAGUAAGAGUUAAACCAUAAACAAAACCACUGUAUAAUGUCAGGGGAACUACAGCACUAUCACGUCCCUGAAGUUGCCUAAUGAACACUUUAAUGAACUCGUGGUAGAGCACACUAAGCCACGAACAGCUCGUCGAAUGAGAGAGCAUUUCCAUCAAUUUAUAAGCACUAAAGAAAUACCUAGUAAUACAACCUCCCGUCAACAAACACUUGGAUAUUUAGAUGUUUUCCUUCAAAUAAGAUAGAUAAGAGAAAAAAAUAAAAGAGAGAGAGAGAAAAAUAAUAAUAAUAAAAAAAAAAUCAAGGCGACAUAUACCCCACCAGACACCAUGUGUUAUUCUUGUGUGCGUGGACAGACCAGGGCGACGUCGGUGCCCGCUGUUCGAAUAACGCCAGGUUCGAAUACUCGAGUGUUUGCUUCAUUCACGGAGGCUGCACGAGGACCUCCCGAACCUCCUGACGAAUCGGUGUCUCGAAGCUCCGGUCCCGCUGUACAUCUCUCACAGUAUUACACUGAAAUAUAAACAAUAUCAUCUUCUAUGCAGAUCGUGUGACCUUUUCAUGAACUCAAACCUGAAGUAGUGAAAGUAGAUGAAAAAAUAAUAAUACUGUUUCUAUUCAAAACAGGUCUGCCCGGAAGAUUUAAUAAAACUGAUAGAUAUUGUAGUUUGAAAUCUUAUCGAGUAGUGGUCCAGUUUGAUAUACAUAUUGGGAGUUUCUACAUAUAUAAAGUAAAUCAUUUAUUGUAUUUAUCAGAUAUGCAAUAGAAGAAUGUAGUCAAGUAGAGAUAUACCUUUUGACGAGAUGCUAUCACGAGCCAAUAAAAAAAAAGAUCUAAAUAUUAUGAGAAACUUGGUCAGUUUAGGCCUGCCUGUAUUUCAUUAUGGUCAUUUCCUCCCCCACCCCCCCUUUUCCGUGUCGUCUGUUUGGACAUGAGCUUCAAAGAUGUGUGUUGUUUUUUAGUGUCAGUCUAAAAAAAAAGAAACGUUUUUUUCGUCAAGUAUUUUUUGAUCAAGUGAGGAAUACCUACACUUUCCCCUCCCAAGUCCAGGAUAAUAUAUAUAAAUAACUAAUAACUUCUAAGAAGAAUGGUAGAGUAAGAGUUUCUUCAAAUACCUGUUGUCGUCACUGACACGGCAACGGCGUUGUUGCAAACACUCUGAGAGCACGUGUCAACAGCGCCCCAUAGAGCUCGUUGUUGCACCAUCAUUCUUUCAGUGUACCACACAGCUGUCCCGCGGCCGCACAGAAAUCCUACUUUCUGGCGAGCAGCUUUCAAAAUCUUGUCUUUCACCGAACCCUGUAAACUAUGUGUACUUGUUCUCCUGCGUUGCAAAGUUUUGUUGUUCAUUUUUCUCUACGUGAAACACAUUUGAGCCUACAAUAUCACUGUCAUGGUAUCUCCGUUGGCGAGGAGGAAGGAGUCUGUGAUCCGGGAGAGAGGAAGAGCUAAAAAACCCAGAGCUACUGAAGGGUUUCUGUACACCUGAAGAGUGUGUAUAACAGCUACUGAUUGCCUUGAUAUCAUACCAUACUUGCAACUCCUAUAUUCUUCAGGGGUACAAUCUUUAUACCUUGUAGCUCUUGUAAAGCGCCUUCUUAUACAGAAAGUCCUUGUUGACGUUCGUUCUCGCGUACUUCAUCCGUAGUCGGACGGCAAUUUGGUGGUACAUAGCUCAAGCAACAAGUAGCGGACAGUUUUUGAUUUUGCAAUCUAGACUAGUAUAUCCUCCAGCACUUUCCAGUGAAGAUUCCAUUCCGAAUGCACAAUAAACCUAGAGUAGAUCUCGCACUGCUAAUA